AUGGCGAAGAUCACCGAAGUCGACGACGGGCGCGAUGGGGACGCGACGCUGGGAAAGGCGCGCACGAGGCACGAAGAGAUGAAGGAAUUGCAAGCGCUGGCGGAUGAAAUCACCGAGGACGCGCGCGAUGGUUCGGGGGACGACGAGGACGAGGACGACGACGGCGAGAGCGAGAGCGAGGAGGAAAUCGUGAACGGGGAGUUCGUCACCGGACCGACGGUGUGGGAAGCCGCGGCGGACGAAGAAAUUCCGGAAAACCAUUGGGAGUAUCACAUGCGCAAGAAUAUGAACGACGGGCGCGGCGACUCGGUGGCUCGAAACUUGGCGUACGUACCUGUGUGUAACUGCAUGCCGGUGUGCGCGGGGGAGGAGUGCAGAAAUCCUUAUUUCAUGUGGACGAAGAAGAAGUGA